CAAAGGUCAGCGGUGGAAGCCAGAAAGUCCAUUUCAGCGGGGUGAAGGAGCUGUGCUGGUGGGAUGAGGGAUCUACAGUGGAGCUGAGAAGUCACACUCACAGCAAAGACCAGGGCUGUUCUGAAAGGCACCACAGCGGUCCUCCGCGACAUGGAGGCCCGGAGCUCCUCCGAACACAAGCACGGUCGGGUUGAAAAUGUCCGCUUGGUAGACCGAGUGUCUUCCAAAAAAGCAGCCCUGGGUACUUUGUAUUUGACGGCUACUCAUGUCAUAUUCGUGGAUAAUGCACCUGAUACAAGAAAAGAAACAUGGAUUCUCCAUAGUCAGAUUUCCACCAUUGAAAAACAGGCAACUACUGCUACUGGUUGUCCUCUGCUUAUUCGCUGUAAGAACUUUCAGAUUAUACAACUCAUCAUACCACAGGAAAGAGAUUGCCAUGAUGUAUACAUCUCUCUGAUACGCCUUGCAAAGCCAGUGAAAUAUGAGGAGUUAUACUGCUUUUCAUUCAAUCCCAAGCUGGAUAAAGAAGAAAGAGAGCAAGGCUGGAUGCUGAUUGAUCUCAGUGAAGAAUACAAACGAAUGGGCCUCCCUGAUAAUUAUUGGCAGCUGAGCGAUGUGAAUAGAGACUACAGAGUUUGUGACUCUUACCCUACUGAGCUGUAUGUUCCCAAAUCAGCUACUGCACACAUCAUAGUGGGAAGUUCCAAAUUCCGGAGUAGACGGCGAUUUCCUGCCCUUUCAUACUACCACAAAGAUAACCAUGCCUCCAUCUGCAGGAGCAGCCAGCCCCUGUCUGGUUUUAGUGCCCGAUGCCUGGAGGAUGAGCAGAUGCUCCAGGCCAUCAGGAAAGCCAAUCCAGGAAGUGACUUCAUUUAUGUUGUGGACACUCGACCUAAACUUAAUGCAAUGGCAAAUCGUGCUGCAGGGAAAGGCUAUGAGAAUGAAGACAAUUAUUCCAAUAUCAAGUUUCAGUUUAUCGGGAUAGAGAACAUCCAUGUCAUGAGGAACAGUCUGCAGAAAAUGCUGGAAGUGUGUGAACUUAAGUCUCCUUCCAUGAGUGAUUUCCUCUGGGGGCUGGAAAACUCCGGCUGGUUACGGCACAUUAAAGCCAUCAUGGAUGCAGGAAUCUUCAUUGCGAAGGCAGUUGCAGAGGAAGGGGCAAGUGUGCUUGUUCACUGUUCCGACGGCUGGGACAGGACCGCUCAAGUGUGCUCCGUGGCGAGCCUGCUGCUGGAUCCGCACUACCGGACUCUGAAGGGCUUCAUGGUAUUAAUCGAAAAGGACUGGAUUUCCUUUGGCCAUAAGUUUAAUCACAGAUAUGGCAAUCUUGAUGGUGACCCCAAAGAAAUCUCACCAGUAAUUGACCAGUUCAUUGAGUGUGUCUGGCAGCUAAUGGAACAAUUUCCCUGUGCCUUUGAGUUCAAUGAGAGGUUUUUGAUUCAUAUUCAACAUCACAUUUAUUCCUGCCAGUUUGGAAACUUCCUGUGUAACAGCCAGAAGGAGAGAGGAGAACUCAAAAUCCAAGAAAGAACAUACUCAUUAUGGGCUCACCUGUGGAAGCAUCGGGCUGACUACCUGAAUCCUCUGUUUAGAGCUGAUCACAGUCAGACCCAGGGAAGCCUUCAUCUCCCUACACCUCCAAGCAACUUCAUGUACAAGUUUUGGAGUGGGAUGUAUAACCGCUUUGAGAAGGGGAUGCAGCCCCGACAGUCAGUUACGGAUUACCUGAUGGCAGUGAAGGAGGAGUCCCAGCAACUGGAGGAAGAACUGGAGGCCCUGGAAGAAAGGCUGGAAAAAAUUCAGAAGUUCCAGUUAAACUGCAGCAGAGUGAAAAAUAAACAGAGUGAGCCCAGCAGGCACGCGGAGUUUUCUACCUCAGACAACAGCACCGCCAACACGCCCCAGGAUUACAGCGCAAACCUGAAGUCCUUUCCUUCCCGGAGCCCUUCCCAGGGUGAUGAAGACUCGGCGCUGAUUCUCACGCAGGACAAUCUGAAGAGCUCAGAUCCGGACCUGUCCGCCAACAGCGAUCAGGAGUCCGGCGUGGAGGAUCUGAGCUGUCGGUCUCCCAGCGCGGGUGAGCGCGCGCCCAGCGAAGACAGCGGCAAGGACAGGGAUUCCGACGAAGCCGUGUUUCUGGCUGCCUGAAGCUUCCCCCGGAGGUUCGGAGAGGGCUCCGCAGGAGACACUUCCAAAAUAAGGGGACUGUGCAAUGCAAAAUAACCUAGGAGGCGGGACAUGGCAUCCAGGGUUGUAAAAUGGAGCGACAGAACUGGAAAACAGAUGUCCCUGUCUUAGUUUCUUUAGGUGUUGAAGAACUGGAAGCCGCCAGUUCUUUUGUCAGAUACAAAGAAAAUUAUGUACAUUUUGAGACUUCCUCUAGACUAUGAAAACCGUAUUCCUACAGAGUGACUCCUCCUGAGGUUGUAAAUCCUCGCUGUCACAGCACGCAGCUGCUCAGAAAGCCCUCUGGCCCCUUCCCGACCUAUUUUCUUCUUGAACCUUUCUUCACGUUUCACCUCCAAAGCAUAGUUUGUGUUUCUAAAACGUUUGACAUCAUUUCCCUUUUGACUCUGUUACCAAUAUUUCUAAAAAUAGGGCAUAUUGUGGAGAUGCGGGCUUUUUGAUUAAUAGAUGUACUCCUAAGGAGCUUUGACAUUGUUUAAGCUUAUUUUUCUUGUAAAAUAGCUACUUUAACUUUUCUUUAGGCAAUAUAUUCUGAAUUGUUAUAAUUUAUGUUCUUUCUCUGAAAUCUUUUCUGUUUCCCCUGUCAUUUAAAAAAAUGCUAAAACUUGUAACUCACUUUUUCUCUAAUGUGGGUCUAUUACCUAAUAAAGUAGAAGCAAUGUA